CACUGCCCCUCAAACCGGCCCCGAACCAGGAAGUGACCGGACACAUCGCGUUUUUUCUUUGUUUUAAACUCAAGUUACAGAUUAAAACUCGGGUUUAAAACAAGAUGGAGCUUUUGUGACGGUGGAUGAAGAUAUAACAUCCGUUUGAAACUGAUCUGGGUCCGAGGAACAGGUUCGUCUCCUCUCCAUGUGAAGAGCUGCAGCCGGAGCUCCCCCCCCGACAUGUCUUCACGCCCGCUUCUCUCCGUCCUGCUGCUGCUGCUCUGUGGCCGGGCGGCACAGGCAGCUCCGAGCCAAUCAGAGGACGAGGACGCCUGGUCCCCUGCACGGAUGGUGGCCGACCCCUCCGACCGGGUCAUGGUGGUGAAGGAGGGCUCGGACGCCCUGAUCGAGUGCAACGUGACCCGAGGCCACGCCGACGUGAAGUGGUUCAGCCCUCAAGGAGCCGAGCUGGGGGGGGAAGCAGGUGAGAAGUGGCAGAUCGAGGAGAACGGCUCCCUGAACAUCAGUUCGCUCUCCUUCGACGACCGAGGCCGAUACACCUGUGUAACCACCAGUGACGGUGGCGCCACCAGAAACUACACGGUCACGGUGCGGGUGGCCUACAGCUCCAGCGGCCUGGGCCUGUACUUUGUCAUCGUCUGCCUCAUCACCUUCACCAUCAUCAUGAUCCUCAACGUGGCGCGGCUCUGCAUGGUCGGCAGCCACCUCAAGAAGACGGAGAACGCCAUCAACGAGUUCUUCCGCACCGAGGGCGCCGAGAAGCUGCAGAAGGCGCUCGAGGUCGCCAAGCGCAUCCCCAUCAUCACGUCGGCCAAGACGCUGGAGCUCGCCAAGGUCACGCAGUACAAGACCAUGGAGUUCGCCCGUCACAUGGAGGAGCUGGCCCGGAGCGUCCCGCUGCCGCCGCUGAUCAUGAACUGCCGAACGGUGGAGGAGGAGAACGCGGAGAAGGGAAACGCCGCGUCAGGCCGAGCGGAGCCGGUCAGGGCGGUGAUACCGGGGAACCGACCAGCUAUAGGCCCGCCGUGCUCUGAGCAGAGCGGAGAGGACGAGGACGUGUGCGAGGCGCUGCUGUCCGGCGAGCGGCGAGGGAACGAUGGAGACGUCGCCGUCCAAGUGUCCGUCCACGCCGUUUCUGAGAAGGUUGUCGGUGAGAAUAAAGAGGAGGAGACGCUCGCAGCCGGUUCACAGACACAUGUGACCAUGGAGAGCAACGUGUAGCAGGAGACGUGUCCUGAGAAGUAGAGCUGAACGGAUCAUUAGAAAGUAGAGGUGUCGUGGUUUGUUGCUUUUUUCUGCUCAUUGAUUCCUCGUCUUGUUGAAUCUUUGGCCCCAAAUCGGAAAAUUGGCUUGUUUGACAUAGAAGAAAAGAUAAAAUACGUAAAAAUAAUCCAAAAUGAAUCAAAUGAAAGUUCUCUCUCUCGGUGUAGUAGUUGAAUUCCCUCCAUAACAUCUUUACCUCCGCCAUCGACAUCCUGUCCCCCCCCCCCCCACGUCCAGGUGUUUGUCAGAUUUGAUUUCCACAGGUCAGGUGAUCGAUGGCCCACGGCUCAGGGAAGAACUCCCGGUGAAUCCAGGAUUUCACUUUCUUUGACGCUGUGAGAUUCUAGGAUUCACCAACUUCUCAGAGAACAUCUCGUGGAUGUUGAUGAACAGAAACCCGACACAUUUAGAGGGCCGGUAUAAACGAGUGUGUGUGUGUGAUUUCGUGCUGUUUGCAUUAAAGGAACUGUUUGAGCUCUACUCAGGUUUGAUGUUUGACAUCAUGACAUCAUGUGAAAAUCCUUCUUUCUUGUAUUUGCUCAGUCUUGUUCCUGCUGUAAAAAAAAUCUCACGUAGUUUUUGACAAUUUUGUCUUUAAUAGUCUUUCGUCAAUCCAACAGUUGUGUCACCUUAACUCGUGCCUGGAGAAAGGUCAGCGGGUCAAACACAGAUCCACGUGGCAUCAAACAGGAUCACAGCUCGGAGCAGCAGCAGGUCUUUGAUCUCUUUGUUCCUCGGUAGGAAGACGCCAGACGCUGUCGUUCAGUCCAAAUGUUAUUCAAGUCCCAGUUUCCUGAAGAGAUGAUGUUAUUCUCUGAGUGUCUUUAUUCAUCAGGUCAGGGUUUUUACAUUUUAUACAUCAGAACUUGAAAACCUCAGAUCGAAACAGCUGCUGUGGUUUUUCAGGCUCUGGAGGUAACAGACGAUAAAGGAAAGUUUUUAAAUCCAAUGAAAACUUGAAAACUCGACUUUCAGAGAUUUGUAAUAAAAUCACAUCAUGUUUGGUUUGUAAACAAUCAGUUCCACAACGUGUCGACUCUGGUUGAACAAAAUGCUUCUGUUGUGUUUUGCUAUGUGUGAUGUUAUCGUGUGAAAUGGUUCGAUGGUGUUUAGAUGUUUUAAAGGCUUUGCUUCUCAGGGACGUAAAUCAGCUGUUUUUCAUCUGACAGCAGCAGAAAAAAACAUAAUUGACAAUAAAAAAAAAUAAAAAUGAAAA